GUUAUGUCCGCCGGGCACCAUCAGCUGACACGGUCACGCGUAGGUUGCCGGAGCUAAACAACAGCAAAACAAACCAAACGUGCAAUAGUUUGGCUUUUCAAAUCAUCACCGAGGGACACCUUAACUCCACCACGCUCACUUCGAAGGACAUGUCCCAGUGAGAAGUCGUUUCUGACCAAUCAGCAGAAUGUCAGGGAACAACCUGGUCCUCCCCAUUGUGUUGUGGGGCCGCACUGCUCCUACCCACUGCAUCAGCAGCCUGCUGGUGAUGGACAACUUCAACACCAUCAUCACUGGCUGCCAUGAUGGACAGAUCUGCCUGUGGGACAUGACGCCCGAGCUGGAGAUUUGUCCCAGGGCUAUGCUGUUUGGGCACACGGCCUCCAUCACCUGUCUGUCCAAAGCCAGCGCCUGCAGCGACAAGCAGUACAUUGUCAGCGCAUCAGAGAGCGGUGAGAUGUGUUUAUGGGAUGUCAAUGAUGGUCGCUGCAUUGAAUUCACCAAACUUGCUUGCGCUCACACUGGAAUACAGUUCUACCAGUUCACCAUCGGCACUCAGCGAGAGGGUCGUCUGCUCUGUCACGGCCAUUACCCGGAGAUUCUCGUGGUGGACGCCACCAGCCUGGAAGUUCUCUACUCGCUGGUGUCCAAGAUCUCCCCUGACUGGAUCAGCUCCAUGAGCAUUAUCCGAUCCCACCGCACACAAGAGGACACAGUCGUGGCGGUGUCAGUGACCGGCAUCCUAAAAGUCUGGAUCAUCACGGCUGAAGUUGACAGAAUGCAGGACCUGGAUCCAGUUUUUGAAGAGGAGUCCAAACCCAUCUACUGUCAGGGCUGCCAGAGUGUUUCCUUCUGCACCUUCACUCAGAGCAGCCUGCUGGUGGUUUGCUCCAAGUUCUGGAGAGUUUUUGACGCAGCCGAUUAUUCGUUGCUGUGCUCGGUGCCUUUUGACAAUGACAAGCCCUGGGCUGGAGGAGAGUUCAUUGCUGCAGACAAAGUCAUCAUCUGGACUGAGGAUGGCUGCAGUUACAUCUACAACCUACCUGCCAGUUGUCUUCCUGCAAGUGUACAUUUCCGAAGUGAUGUUGGGAAAAAAGAAGGCUCAAUAUCGCCGUUGAUCUACAGCAUGGAGAACCUAACCGACAAACAGCUCCUCAUCUGUCCUCCUGUGACUCGCUUCUUUUUUGGUCGACGAGAGCCCUUCCUCAAGCUGCUUAUUCAGGGAGAUUCUGCAGGCAAACUGUCACUGUGGAACAUUCCGGAUGCCUCGCCUCCACAGCAACUGUCCACUCCUGCAGACCUGCAGGUGUCAUUCACCAUCAGUCUGCAAGCGGCAUUUGAUAAGUUGACUCCGAUGUCUUCUGGAAUCAUUGACCAGCUAAGUGUCCUGCCUGGCAAGGAGGAGCCCAUUAAGGUGACAGCCAGCGUCUACAUCCCCUCCCAGGGUAGACUGGUGUGCGGAAGAGAAGAUGGCAGCAUCAUUCUGGUUCCUGCUACCCAGACCGCAAUCGUUCAGUUGCUUCAGGGAGAACACAUGCUUAGAAGAGGAUGGCCACCGCACCGCACGCUGCGAGGUCACAGGAACAAGGUGACAUGCGUCCUGUAUCCGUACCAGGUCUCCCCUCGCUACGACCAGCGCUCUCUGGUGUCCGGAGGGGUGGACUUCUCCGUCAUCGUCUGGGAUAUCUUCACUGGCGAGAUGAAGCACAUUUUCUGUGUUCACGGGGGAGAGAUCACCCAGCUCAUUGUGCCACCAGAAAACUGCAGCACUCGAGUGCAGCACUGCGUCUGCUCUGUGGCCAGCGACCACUCAGUUGGUCUGCUCAGUCUCCGGGAAAGGAAGUGCAUCAUGUUAGCAUCGCGCCAUCUCUUCCCGAUCCAAGUUAUCAAAUGGCGUCCAGCUGACGACUACCUGGUGGUCGGAUGCUCUGACGGCUCUGUGUACGUCUGGCAGAUGGAUACAGGGGCCUUGGACCGCUGUGUGAUGGGUAUAACUGCUGUAGAGAUACUCAACGCCUGUGACGAGCUGGCUCCAGCCACCGUGGACACCUUAAGCCACUCGGCAGUGAACCUGAAGCAGGCCAUGACUCGCCGCAGCCUGGCGGCCCUGAAGAACAUGGCUCAGCACAAACUGCAAACACUUGCCACCAAUCUGCUGGCCGCUGACAACGCUGACAAGGGCAACCUGCCAAAAUACUCCCACAAUGCACUGGUGGUCCAGGCAAUGAAGACCAACCUGACAGACCCUGACAUGCAUGUGCUGUUCUUUGACGUGGAAGCGGUGAUCAUCCAGCUGCUGACGGAAGAAGCUCAGAGACCCAACCCCACGCUGGUGUCCCCUGAGACCUUGCAGAAGAGCCAGGCCGGGGCUGACAAGGGAGGCUCCUUCCUGGCCAACAAGAUUUUCAAGCAGGUUAAGGAAACGAUGAAGGAGACGAUCAAAGAGCACCUGCUGGACGAAGAUGAGGAAGAGGAGGAGGAGAUGAGGAGGCGUGAGGAGAAGUCCAAGUCACUGAGUCUCCUGGAGUACAAUCUGACGAUGGACACGGCCAAGCUCUUCAUGUCCUGCCUGCACGCCUGGGGCCUCAACCAGCACCUGGACGACAUCUGUAUGGAGCGACUGGGCAUGCUCAGACCGCACUGCCCCAUCUCCUUUGGCCUGCUCUCCAGGGGAGGUCACAUGUCCCUCAUGCUGCCGACCUUCAAGGAGUCUCUGCUGCGACAGUUGUCCUUUGCAACAGGCCGGAAGCUGACCCUUUCAGACAUUGUCGGCAAGGGGACUUACGGCGUGUCAAGGGCGGUCACCACGCAACACCUGCUGUCCGUCAUCUCUCUGGCCAACACUCUGAUGGGCAUGACCAACGCCACCUUUGUCGGCGAGCACAUGAAGAAGGCACCAGCAAGGCCUCCCAGACCAGGAGGAACCCCGGAGUCUCCUCGUAGGACGCCGGCCACGCCCCCUCAGCCCUCCAACCCAGCAGUACAAGCCCAGAUCAAACAAGCUGCUGUAGCCACCGCGGCCAGCUCCAGCGUCUCUGCUACGACUGGCAGGCCGUUGGGGGCCCCUGGGGUUCCUCCCCAGAGGGCCCCCGGCUCCUCCGGCCCCGGUCCCGCCUCUCAUAACAUCCCCUCAGUCAACGAAGGUUGGAGCCAGCUGGCAGCCAUGCAUUGUGUUAUGCUCCCUGACCUUCUGGGCCUCGAUAAGUUCCGACCCCCUUUACUAGAGAUGCUGGCAAGAAGAUGGCAGGACCGUUGUCUGGAGGUCCGAGAAGCAUCCCAAGCUUUACUGUUGGCUGAGUUGAGAAGGAUCGGUCAAUCGGGGCGUAAGGACACUAUUGAUAUGUGGGCUCCUUAUCUCCCUCAAUACGUGGACACAGUCAGCUCCCCUGGGACAGCCACCGAACCCUCAACUCCAGCCCUCCCCCCGGCUGAAGCUCAACCACUGGAGGCCAAGGCACCCGAGGAGGAAAUGGACGUCACGGAUGAUGACAUCACUGCAGGCUGUCUCUCUAACCUUCCACCAAAUGCCAAGAAGAUUUCCAAUUCGUACGAGGAGCGUCGGAAACAAGCCACUGCCAUCGUGAUUCUGGGGGUCAUCGGGGCCGAGUUUGGGGCUGAGAUUGAACCACCAAAGGGUGCAGCACGGACUCGGGCCGGAGGGCAGGUCCCUGAAGGCUUCGGACCAACAAGCGGUGGAUCUUCAAACUACUCCCUGGCCAGACACACAUGCAAGGCUCUGACCUUCCUGUUGCUGCAGCCGCCGAGCCCAAAGCUGCCGCCCCACAGCACCAUCCGCCGCACCGCCAUCGAUCUGAUCGGCCGAGGGUUCACGGUGUGGGAGCCGUACAUGGACGUAUCGGCCGUGCUCAUGGGUCUGUUGGAGCUCUGUGCUGAUGCUGAAAAGCAGCUGGCCAAUAUCACCAUGGGUUUGCCACUCAACCCGCCAGCAGACUCUGCUCGCUCCGCCCGACAUGCCCUCUCUCUUAUCGCAACCGCCCGGCCCCCUGCCUUCAUCACCACCAUUGCAAGAGAGGUUCAUCGUUUCAAUGCCGCUCAGGCGAAUUCUCAGUCACAGCAGAACGUUCACACCACCACUCUGGCUCGGGCCAAGACUGAAAUAUUGAGAGUGAUUGACAUCCUGGUGGAGAAGAUGCCUGGAGAUGUUGUGGACUUGCUUGUUGAGGUGAUGGACAUCAUCAUGUACUGCAUCGAAGGUUCUCUGGUGAAGAAGAAAGGACUUCAAGAGUGUUUCCCUGCCAUCUGCAAGUUCUACAUGGUCGGUUACUGUGACCGCAGUCACCGUAUUGCUGUCGGAGCUCGCCAAGGUUCUGUGGCCCUCUAUGAUGUUCGCACUGGGAAAUGCCAGAACAUCCACGGUCACAAAGGUCCAAUCACGGCGGUGUCAUUUGCCCCUGAUGGCCGUUACCUAGCAACGUACUCCAACGCUGACAGCCACAUCUCAUUUUGGCAGAUGAACACCAGUCUGCUGGGCAGCAUCGGGAUGUUGAACUCGGCCCCCCAGCUGCGCUGCAUUAAGACCUACCAGGUACCACCGGUCCAACCGGCCUCUCCCGGAUCCCAGAACCACCUGAAACUGGCCCGCCUCAUUUGGACUUCCAACCGGAACGUCAUCCUGAUGGCGCACGACGGCAAGGAGCACCGCUUCAUGGUGUAAAAAGUGCACGGGUACUUUUAGGCUCCGCUUGACUUCACAGCAUGACUUAGUGUGACAACAACAACAUUUUAUUGGGGAACGAUCUAGAAUCUUGAAGACGGGAAUUAAGAACCCAACCUUAGUAGGUUUUCAUGUGUUUUAUCUCCCAAUUACUGAAUAUGUAAUAUAAGUUACAUUUAGUAUUAUGUAACGUAGUUAUUUAUCUGGUCAUUCCAAAUUAUUAUUUGUUUUAGUUUUCACUUCAUUGCUAUUUAUUUGAUGCUCCCCCUUUAUUAUGAGGACACAAUAAGUUUGCGUAGCUAUGGAGAAUUUUACGACAGUAUUUUACUUUACUUUUAUUACUGCUGGAAUAAAUGCAUUUUUUUUUCUUCA